GUUAAAUUUGCCAAUUUCGUCCUACGUCAGGCAUUUCGGAUUACCCAUGGGAAGAUGAGGACUUUAUUCUCCAUACUUCUGCUCGUUGCUAUCGCACCUUUAAUUUCCCAGCAGUUCUGUGCUACUGAUGGAAAUGAUCCUACGCCAACUUGGGCUCCGUCUGACUCGUGCACAACCGAUUCAUUUGCGAAUAUCAAAGUUCCUCCAGUGCUCAAUGCAUCUGCCCAGACAUAUGUCCAACGCGACUGCGGCAUUGCGGUGAUCUUGGAUUUGGAUAGGACUUAUACCUCGGUUGACGAUUUCGCUAAUGUUCGCUUUUUUAUUCGAGACACGAUCGCUGCAUGCAUGUCAAGAGGCAUUGGUUAUCGUACCUAUGUUUAUCCUAUGUUCAACUCCUCUAUCCAAACAGUUUGCUGCGCAACGGAUGUAUGUAGCCAGCAGAUUGGACUUAUGGACUACUGGGACUAUGUUGUCAAUUAUGAGACGUUGGCACCAGUCCAGAAUGAAACGCAAGAAGCCAAUUUUACAUAUUCACUCGUUGGUUUGAUGAAGCAGUUUGCACAGCCGAAAACGAAGUGCCUGUAUAAUACAAUCGUGCUGUUAACAAAUAGGAUUUUUAUAACAAAUCAAACGGUACUGGGAAAGGAUAUCUCAAAUAUCGUCAACUAUGGAUGUAUCACAUUCACAGUAGUCGCUCUUGGAAACACUGGAAUCAGUCAGGAAAUGAUGUUCGAUUACUAUUCCACUUAUACGCAACGAUUAUUCGUAGUUCCGGGCUAUAACUGCAUCACCAAUCUUGACGAUUGCAUAAGACCGUGUGGCGUAGAAGGUGCCACUGACUGUCAAAACGAGCAGCUGACAAAGUGUCCAUAUCCAACGACCACCACGACCACUACCGUCACCACCACAGAAUUGCUAACGACGACUACGACCACACCGGAUCCGAGUCUGAGCGACUACUGGCAUAUCAUCUAUCUCUUCGCACUUUCCAAUAGGACCACCAAUGACGAGUUCCAACGAGCUGUCAAAUUUAUCGCGACUCCACUACAACAUUGUGCUAAGUCAAACGACAAGGUGGCAGUGCGAUUUUUGGCGAAAAACAACGUCGACUCUGGCUGGCUGACUCGCCUUGAGCAUGUGAACAAAUUUCUUGAAACACUCAGCGCCGAUGAAGUUUUAUUGGAUGCAACCGAAACGGUAGACGUUUACGAUAACACUACGCUGAUCCUCGUCAACAAAGCAGUGAACAUCAAGGAAGGGCAAACGUCCACAGAUAAUGAACCGCGCAUCACUUUGCUCACCGAUUUCGUCUCGCAGAAUUUCGUUGCCGCCUAUGAUGAUGUAAAUGGAUCACUGCUGAAGCAGUUGCAACCAUAUUAUUUCGAGAUUAUCGCAUUCAAUACGGUGGCCGCAGAGAUGUACCAGAACCAAACUGCUAUUCCUCGAAGUCACAUUAUCCGCGAUCCCAAUUAUGGCGAUAGUCCAAAAAAUAUGAUAGAGUUGUGUCCGAAUAAAAAACCCCCAAAAGACGUUGCAACAGCAACUCCAGCGUACGCUUACAGUUCACGCUGCCGUGGAUUCGUCCGGAAAGACGGAACGCAAAAAAGGGGUGGAACGCAAAAAGAAUCAGAAAGUUCCGUCUCUACUAUCAUGUUCGUCAUCAUCGGCACCUGCGCAGGAGCUGUACUAAUUUUGAUUGUGGCGACCAUUUUGUACAGACAGAAAUACAUGUGGAUGGAGAAGUUGAAUAGAUUCCGAAAUCAUCAUAAUGACGACAAAGAAGUUGACGACGAUGAGAUAAUUGAUUACUGGGAGCUCUCGCCUGAGAAAGUGAUCAUCAAGAAUGAGCAACUGGGGCAUGGUGCAUAUGGACAAGUGUACAAAGGAAAGCUCAUUGGUCCUUCACCUGGGAUACAACGCUACUAUAAAACUGAAGCAGCUCGAUUCACGGAUUGCGAUUGCGCGGUAAAGAUGAUGCCUAAAUACGCGUCUGACAGCACUAGAAAGGAGUUCAUGCAUGAAAUUGAGCUGAUGAAAACGCUGGGAUGUCACGACAACAUCGUCUGUAUGUUGGGUUGUAUAACAGCCGCUUCAAAGACUUGUCUCGUGAUAGAGUUCUGCGCUUGUCGCGAUCUUCUACGAUACCUGAAACAAAGGAGGGUUGAGCUGGAAAUAAAUAGAUCUAUUGACGAGCAAAUCGAGUGCACAAAGGAGUUUUUGAACUUCGCAUGGCAGAUUGCGCAGGGGAUGUGCUACCUCGGACAGAAGAACAUUAUUCAUCGCGAUCUAGCGGCACGAAAUAUAUUGAUAUCAGGUACAGGAGGAAUGAAAAAUGCAAAAAUCAGUGAUUUUGGACUGUCUUUCCUGGCGUCAGGCGAUUCCUUACCUGCUCAAGGCAGGCUCCCCAUCAAGUGGCUGGCGCUUGAAUGUCUUCAGCGGGAAAUGUUUUCUGUAAAAAGCGAUGUGUGGUCUUAUGGUAUAGUGCUGUUUGAGAUGUACUCUAUGGGCGAGACACCGUAUCACGAUAUUGAGCCGACCAAUCUGAUUUCUCAUCUGGAGGCUGGCAACAGACCAAAACGACCACUGCUUGCCUCCGAUAAAGUCGCUGAGACAAUGAACCGAUGUUGGGACAAACUACCAGAGAAGCGGCCAACCUUCGAAGAGCUGUUGGUCAUCUUUGCCACAUUAUUGGAACAGUCAGCAGAGGCAUAUUGGUGCUUGUCGCUUCUAAAGACGAGACUGGAACUUUUAUCUUCGGUCUUCUCAAAGUCAAUGGAGGGACACGGGUUGUCGCCUAUAAAGGCAAAAGAACCAUACAUCACACUUACGGGACUUAGUUCCUCACCAAAUUUGAAGUCAACGGAGGGAUACGGGUACUUGUCGUUAAUAAAGACAGCAGAGACAUAUAUCGCACUUACGGAACUGAAUCCCUCAUCGCUUUUGAAGUUGCGGAGCCACAAAUUAUUCUAUACAUUCUUGUUUUCGGUGGACGACAGCAUGCGCUACAGAAGAUCCAGUUACCAUGUCGGUGUAGAUUAUGAUAAAGCGGGAAUGAGGACAGAUACUUUUCACAUCAGCCCCAACUCACUCAAUGUACCAGUUAUCGAGAUCGCUGCUAUUGCUGACGGUGACGGCACUAGCGAAAACAGCUCGCAAACGACUUGCGAUGAAAGUGGAACACAUGUCCGGAAAAGACUCGCAACUUAUUUACCAAAAAUCAUGCCCUUCUCGCGAAUCAAGAGAAUGAUGCGUCGAGGAUCUGAGCCAUACUAACAACACAUUGCAUUUAUUGUACAUAACAACAAGCAUUUUCCAGGAAUCUCACAGCUUUACCUAAUAUUAGCUCAUGUUUAUGAUUCUCCAUGGAGCAUGGUAUGCUCAAGAGGUACAUAGUUGCUCAAUUUUUGUGCGUUUGAUCUAGCAUAAUUUCUAUAAAGAACUUUAUGAAGUGCAUGCUCAUAGAACAUUAUUGCAACGUCUCAAUGAGGAAUGUCAAUUUGGAAUCGAUGUCUCUUUUUCUCAUGAC